UUUUCUGCAGGCACGCGUUUCUCGGCGUGUAGAACAAGGUACUUCACCCCUCGCAGUCAGUCUCUUGAUGUCCGCAGACCGUGUCUUCUGAAAGAAGGUUGGAAGUCAUAACAGGUUUUCCUGCAGGACUCUAAUGAUGUCAGCAGUGUUAGUUGUUCACGGUGGUGCCUGGGCCAUACCAGAUGAGAUGGCCCCUGCCUCUGUUGAUGGGGUAAAAGCAGCAGCACGCCAUGGAUCUGCAGUCCUGAAAGUCGGAGGAAGUGCACUCCACGCUGUUGAGGCUGCUGUUAGGGCUUUGGAAGACAAUCCCAUUUUUAACGCAGGGCAUGGAGCAACUCUAAAUGUUGAUGGAGAAGUGGAGCUGGAUGCCAUUAUUGUGGAUGGAAGGACACUUGCCAGCGGGGCGGUAUCUUGUGUAAAAAACAUUGCUAACCCUGUGUCCCUGGCAAGAGCUGUCAUGGAGAAGACAUCCCACGUAAUGCUGACUGGCAAAGGUGCGAACCAGUUUGCAGAGAGCAUUGGCAUCACCACCAUUCCCACUGAUAAACUGGUGACAGAAUAUGAGAAGAAGGAAUGGGAAAAGCACAAGAAAUACAUUGCAGGAGUAAUGGAAGAAUUCAACACUAAAUGGGCUCAUGAUACUGUUGGGGCGGUAGCUGUGGACUGUGCUGGGAAUGUUGCAUGUGCAACAUCAACUGGAGGCAUCAGGAAUAAAAUGGUUGGCAGAGUUGGAGAUUCCCCUGUGAUUGGCUGUGGAGGAUAUGCUGAUAACUCAAGUGGUGCUGUAUCAUGUACUGGACAUGGAGAAUCUAUUCUUAAAGUGACUCUGGCCAGACUCGUCCUGUCUCAUGUCGAACAAGGAAAAUCAGUAGCAGAUGCCUCACAGUUGUCCCUGCAGUACAUGGGUAAUCGUGUCCAAGGAGCAGGUGGCACAAUUGCAGUUGCUCCGUCAGGGCAGUGGGCUGCAACAUUCACCACCGAGCGGAUGGCUUGGGCUGCUGCUGAAGGCGGUGUGCUGUGGUUUGGCAUAAACCCAGAAGAGAAGUUGAAAGAGAAACUGUCCCAGUAAAAGAAGGGUUUUUAAAAUAUUUUGAAUAGUAAAUGACAUGCAUUUCAAAAGUAGUGUGUUCUCUUUCAUGGAAGUGUUUUUCUUUCACUCGGUGCAUAUUAGUGAACUAUGGACUAUAAUUAAAUAUGUGUGCAAUAACAAAAAUAAUGGAUUUGCUUUCAUUUCAGAAGUAUAAAUGUUUAUGAUUGACUAAUGUCUUGAUUGCUUGAUGUGCGUUUCAUAAAAUAUUUUCACACAUUAAGUCGUUUAUUGUCGAACACAUAUUUGAGUCCAAUGCUAAUAAAACAUCUCUUGCAAAGUAAACUCAUAAGGACUGUGAAGUAGAUUUUUCUUUAAAGAGAAAAUAUUUUAUUUGCAUCAUACCGUGUUCUUUUAUGUAUCACAUAGAUGUAAUAUUAUAAUCAAGAUGUUUUUCCGUGUAGAUGCAGAGGGUGUGCAAACUAUUUAAACAAGAGAUGUCUGCUGAAGUUUUCCAGGCGGGUCGUCUGGGAACUUGCUGUUUUUCCCGUGGCCUUCGCUGCACGGAGAUAGUGUUUAGUGUUCGCAUCCCGUAGACAUGAUAGUGAAUGAGCAUACAAAGUUCCGACUGUUUUCCUUUGGUCCUUGAAGAUUAAAUCUCCGCCUGUUAGCUGGGAGAGGUGAAUAAAGCAACUAUGUAACUCUGAGUUAGUUACAGCAGAUUUUUCUCAGUCCAUGUAUUUCUGUUCGCCUGCCGUAAGCGCAUUAAAGAUUGAUUUUUGCU